AUGAGGGUGCAUGAGGGGAAUCUGAUGCCCUCAGAAUGGACAUUCUACCCCAGUGCUUAAUAUAGACCCUAGGUUUACAUACACACCAAUAAUCGAGGAGGCUACUUUAGUACAGGAGAAUCACCAUGGUUAUCCACCAUCACAUGGAACAACCAUUGGACAUCAUCACAUCGUCCUUUUGAACGCAUAAUGCCACCUGACCAGAUAUCCAAACAUGGGCCUGUAGUGUUCCGUUCAAAAAUGAAUUGAUUAAACUCAAAACAAUGCUUUUGUAGCGGCCUCAUCUCCCACCAAUGAAAUGUAUACAUGUAUACAAAUACAUGUUUCAUGCGAUGCUCUCAGCUCAGCAGUUCUAUCAAGCAUGAUGAACAUGCAUGUGUAGAAAAGCUUAACAGUGUUGACAUGUCAAUUCAACAGUGGAGGGUGUAAUCAAAUUGAGCUGAAUAGACCAUGUUUAGGGCAUGCAUGAUCAAAGUGAGCAGAAAGACCCGUGUGUGUGUCAGAGAGAGUACUCUCUCUCUCUCUCUCUCUCUCUCUCUCUCUCUAUGUGUGUGUGUGUGUGUGUGUGUGUGUGUGUGUGUGUGUGUGUGUGUGUGUGUGUGUGUGUGUGAGAGUGUGCAGUAGAAGUCCACUGUACAGCACAGUGAGUUUUUAGACGUGGGGUAAAACAAGUCAGACAGUAAGCACUGUGUACUCCAUCCUUUCUUCCCUUGCUCCAGGCCAAAUCCAGCCACUUGUCAUGUUCGGAGUGCAUUUCCCUUCAACUGGUCAGGGGCUCUUCAAUAAAAUAGAACACACGUCCAUUUAUUUCCUGUAAGUUUUUGUCAGUGAAUGUUCUGAAAACAAAUUGCGGAUAAUAUGGCUCACUACAAGAAUAGGCUACACACGAGACAUAGAUUGACAUGCCAUAUUAGUGAGAUUGGACUUUAAGUGGAUGGAGAGACUGGUGUGAUGUAGAAAAGCACAUUGUUGUGUCUCUGUCACCUCAUGAAGACAACCUUUCACCCUCAGGGACGAUUAGAUGGACAGUUAUAAUCCCCCCAAAAUCAAUUUAGAUCAAUGUUGGAAACUCAUCACGACAUAGAGUAACCCAGAUCACAAGUGUAAAGUACUAUAUCUGAAGGAAACUUAGUUAUGAAUAACUUCUGUUCCCUGAAGUAGGGAACGGGGUAUAACAUACUAUGGGGCGUCAACGACCAAUCAUAUUCACCUGAAGAAAACUACAAAAACACCCAAUGGAUUCCGAGCCCGCCCUCGGAAGCCCUGUCUUCCUGGCCAAACCCCUUGAUGGCGUGGGGCCAAAAUGUGUUAUACCUCGUUCCCUUCAGGGAACAGUAGUUAUAUUCAUAACUGUAUGUUCCCUUUCAGUUGGUCACUCAGUAUAACAUACUAUGUGGACAUACAAUCACGCCCCAUGCUGGCUUAGAGGGUACCAAACUAGGAGGCCUUGGCAGCCCAAGCACACACAGGUUCCACCGGCUCCAAAAAGGGGUUACAGAAGCCACCUUUUUCCCUGAUACUUACCCAAGAAGCCUGAACUGUCAGAGCCCCAUAUAGGGAACCAGAACCUGCUGCAACAUGGCUAGGCACACUAUCAAGCUGCCAAUAGACCCCACUGUUCCAAGAACAUUACUUACCUUGCAAGCCUGAAAUGUCAGAACUCGUACAAGGAACCGCAACUCCAAAAUAACAGAACUCCUGUCAUGACUUGGUGAAGUGCACGGCAGCCUGAGGCUCAAACCCACAGGAAACCUGCAGUAACCUGGAAACGGUGUACUCGCGCGCUGCCACGGCAGCCCAAGGCUCAAACCCCCAGGAAACUGUGGUAACCCAGAUAAAUCCACAACCUGCAUGCUGCCUAACACCCACUCCCGGAACCAGCCAUAAGAACACUAUGAGACACAUUGGGAGCAGUUACAUCCAAGCGAUAAAACCUCACAAAGGUAUGUGGGGAACCCCAACUCGCUGCCGCACAGAUAUUAUCAAUCGUCUUGCCCCUGAACAGGUUUAUACACACACCAUACACACCUAGGAUUACAUACACACCAAUAAUCAAGGAGAGCUACUUUAAUACAGGAGAAUCACCAUGGUUAUCCACCAUCACAUGGAACAACCAUUGGACAUAAUCACAUCCUCCUUUUGAACGCAUAACACCACCUGACCAGAUAUCCAAACAUGGGCCCUUUUGAGGGAUUGUGUGUAAUUAGUUUUAUUAACAUAUUUGGCAUUAGCUAAAGCUGUGAAAGAAAACACAAUAAAAUGUAUAGUAUUUUGCUCCAACUACAUGUUCAGAAUAUUUAUUAUCUUCAUGUGAGACUUAGGUUUUAGUGUUGUAAUGUUCCGUAAAAAAAAACUUGAUGAAACUCAAAACAAUGCUUGUUUAGAAGCCUCAUCUCCCACCAAUGAAAUGUAUACAUACAGUGGGGAGAAUAAGUAUUUGAUACACUGCCGAUUUUGCAGGUUUUCCUACUUACAAAGCAUGUAGAGGUCUGUAAUUUUUAUCAUAGGUACACUUCAACUGUGAGAAACGGAAUCUAAAACAAAAAUCCAGAAAAUCACAUUGUAUGAUUUUUAAGUAAUUAAUAUGCAUUUUAUUGCAUGACAUAAGUAUUUGAUCACCUACCAACCAGUAAGAAUUCCGGCUCUCACAGACCUGUUAGUUUUUCUUUAAGAAGCCCUCCUGUUCUCCACUCAUUACCUGUAUUAACUGCACCUGUUUGAACUCGUUACCUGUAUAAAAGACACCUGUCCACACACUCAAUCAAACAGACUCCAACCUCUCCACAAUGGCCAAGACCAGAGAGCUGUGUAAGGACAUCAGGGAUACAAUUGUAGACCUGCACAAGGCUGGGAUUGACUACAGGACAAUAGGCAAGCAGCUUGGUGAGAAGGCAACAACUGUUGGCGCAACUAUUAGAAAAUGGAAGAAGUUCAAGAUGACGGUCAAUCACCCUCGGUCUGGGGCUCCAUGCAAGAUCUCACCUCGUGGGGCAUCAAUGAUCAUGAGGAAGGUGAGGGAUCAGCCCAGAACUACACGGCAGGACCUGGUCAAUGACCUGAAGAGAGCUGGGACCACAGUCUCAAAGAAAACCAUUAGUAACACACUACGCCGUCAUGGAUUAAAAUCCUGCAGUGCACGCAAGGUCCCCCUGCUCAAGCCAGCGCAUGUCCAGGCCCGUCUGAAGUUUGCCAAUGACCAUCUGGAUGAUCCAGAGGAGGAAUGGGAGAAGGUCAUGUGGUCUGAUGAGACAAAAAUAGAGCUUUUUGGUCUAAACUCCACUCGCCGUGUUUGGAGGAAGAAGAAGGAUGAGUACAACCCCAAGAACACCAUCCCAACCGUGAAGCAUGGAGGUGGAAACAUCAUUCUUUGGGGAUGCUUUUCUGCAAAGGGGACAGGACGACUGCACCAUAUUGAGGGGAGGAUGGAUGUGGCCAUGUAUAGAAAGAUCUUGGCCAACAACCUCCUUCCCUCAGUAAGAGCAUUGAAGAUGGGUCGUGGCUGGGUCUUCCAGCAUGACAACGACCCGAAACACACAGCCAGGGCAACUAAGGAGUGGCUCCGUAAGAAGCAUCUCAAGGGCCUGGAGUGGCCUAGCCAGUCUCCAGACCUGAACCCAAUAGAAAAUCUUUGGAGUGAGCUGAAAGUCCGUAUUGCCCAGCGACAGCCCCGAAACCUGAAGGAUCUGGAGAAGUUCUGUAUGGAGGAGUGGGCCAAAAUCCCUGCUGCAGUGUGUGCAAACCUGGUCAAGACCUACAGGAAACGUAUGAUCUCUGUAAUUGCAAACAAAGGUUUCUGUACCAAAUAUUAAGUUCUGCUUUUCUGAUGUAUCAAAUACUUAUGUCAUGCAAUAAAAUGCAAAUGAAUUACUUAAAAAUCAUACAAUGUGAUUUUCUGGAUUUUUUUUUUUUUUAGAUUCCGUCUCUCACAGUUGAAGUGUACCUUUGAUAAGAAUUACAGACCUCUACAUGCUUUGUAAGUAGGAAAACCUGCAAAAUCGGCAGUGUAUCAAAUACUUGUUCUCCCCACUGUAUAUACAAAUACGUUUCAUGCGAUGCUUUCAACUCAGCUGUUCUCACAAGCAUGAUGAACAUGCGUGUGUAGAAAAGUUUAACAAUGCUAACAUGUCAGUUCAACAAAAGGUGUAAGCAAAUUGAGCUGAAUAGACUAUGUUCAGGGCAAGUAUGAUCAAAGUGAGUGGAAAGACCGGUGUUUGUGUGUGUGUGUGUGUGUGUGUGUGUGUGUGUGUGUGUGUGUGUGUGUGUGUAAGAGCAAGUACUGUGAGCAGUGGUUGAUAAAGUACCCAGUUGGGCCUCCCAAGUGGCGCAGAGGUCUAAGGCGUCACUACAGACCCGGGGUUGAUCCCGGGCUGUAUCACAACCGGCCGUGAUCGGGAGUCCCAUAGGGUGGCGCACAAUUGGCCCAGCGUCGUCCGGGUUAGGGGAGGGUUCGGCCGGGGGGGCUUUACUUGGCUCAUCGCACUCUAGUGACUCCUUGUGGCGGGCCAGGUGCCUGCAGGCUAACCUCUGUCGUCAGGUGAACGGUGUUUCCUCGACACAUUGGUGCGGCUGGCUUCAGGGUUAAGCAGUGCGGUUUAGCGGGUCAUGUUUCAGAGGAUGCAUGACUCGACCUUCACCUCCCGAGUCCGUUGGGGAGUUGCAGCGAUGAGACAAGAUUGAAAUUGGGGAGAAAAAGGGGGUAAAAUAUGACAAAAACAAUAAAACAAACAAAUAUAAUAAUAAAAGUACCCAGUUGUCAUACUUGAGUGAAAGUAAAGAUACCUUAAUAGAAAAUGACUAAAGUAUAAGUGAAGGUAACCCAAUAAAAAAUUACUUAAGUAAAAGUCUAAAAGUAUUUGGUUUUAAAUAUACUUAAGUAUCAAAAGUAAAUAUAAAAGUAUAAAUAAUUUAAAAAUUGCUAAUAUUAAGCAAACCAGACGGCACAAUUUUAUUGUUUUUUAUUUAUUUACGGAUAGCCAGCGACACACUCCAACACUCAGACAUCAUUUACAAACGAAGCAUUUGUGUUUAGUGAGUCCGCCAGGUCAGAGGCAGUAGGGAUGACCAGGGAUGUUCUCUUGGUAAGUGGUGAAUUGGACCAUUUCCCUGUCCUGCUAAGCAUUCAAAAUGUAACGAAUACUUUUGGGUGUCAGGGAAAAUGCAUGGAGUAAAAAGUACAUUUAUUUUCUUUAGGAAUGUAGUGAAGUAAAAAUUGUCCAAAAUAUAAAUAGUAAAGUACAGAUACCCAAAAAACUACUUAAGUAGUACUUAAGUAUUUUUACUUAAGUACAUUACACCACUGUGUGUGUGUAUGGGUGUGCAGUUGAAGUCCACUGUAUAGCACAGUGAGUUUUUAAAAGUGGGGUAAAACAGCUCUGACAUAGAGCUCUGACAUACAGACAAUACAAAGAUAUUUUAUACCCCCUCUCAGUCUACAUGACAAACAGCAGAUGUGUGGAAUGAGUCAGAAGGUUAGGAUUUGUAUGAAAGAAAAUAAUAAUUCACAGCAGACAGUAUCUGCUAUGAAGACUUCUCAUUGUAUGGAAACCAGGGUUUGGCCCCCAAGACAAGGUUCUUAUCAACUAUUCAUAACAGAUCUCGUCCCUGGUACCUUACAGACACCAAUUAUGUCUAUGAAAAUGCAGGCUCAGUCAGACCGGAGACAUCUCCCUCUUACACACCAUUAAUCAUGAAAUGGAAUGUGGCUGUUGGUUUGAUCACCUAGCCAUUCAUAAAUCAAUUGUCAGCUUCAGAUACCCCUAUCUUGAGUAAAACCCAUCUCCUUGACCACACGCCUAGACUAGCUGCAGGGAGCUGGAGUAGAAACCAUCCCUUUACAAAAACACAGCGUUAGUGGGACAGAAAUGUCUUACUAUUUGUUAAACAAAGCAGGUAAACAUGUUACAUGUUAAUUUUUCUCUCACACUAGAGAUGGGCAAAGAUAAAUCAAAAUGUAUCUUAUAAAAUACCGUAAAGAAUGCAUAAAAAUAAAAUACUACAUACUGUUGUCAACAAUAAAAAAUGUAAAUACAGAAAAUACAUUUCAAGUAGGCAAAGAAAUAAAGUAAAAACAAUAGACAGACUAUUUAAGUCAAAAACCUCUGCAGUUGUAAAUCGAACAAAUACAUGUGUGAACAAAUUUUUUUCCAUUUCAACUUAUUUUAGAAAUAUGCCCUAUAUCAUUUUCUAUCAGGACUGUUGAAAAGUAUUUCGAAAAUACAACAUACAGUUCUCUAGAGUAUAUUGUUACAAAAUACACUGGACUGUAGUUCAGGCCAGUGAAAGAAAAAUGACAAAAUACUCAAGAUAUUUAAAUACGUAUUUCAAAUACAUGUAACAUAAAUACUCCCCAUCUCUGAUUAGUAUGACCCCACACCUUCUCCAAGAUGAUCUCCCUUUCUCCUCAGAUUCACGAUAAUUUUUUUAUGACGUUGGCUCAGAGGGCUCAGGCUGACGAAAGAUCCCCACAGGCUCUUUUCAUGUGACUCCAUCUCCUCUCAACCAAGUAAUAUUACAAAAGAUCAUAAUGCAACUAACGAUCCAUGGCCUGAAUAGGCAUAGGCACCUUCUCUCCCCUUCCCUGAAUGGAACAGAGAGUUUAACCUUAUUUGUCCAUCAGAGCCAAAGCCCACAGAAAUGUGCAUGUCAGGAUGUCCAUUGUGCAUGUCAUGAGUCCAUCGUGUCAACUGUCUUUGCGGGGCUUUACACACUAGUGUAAUAAUGAUAUUAUUUGCAAAGGGGGGCGGCUGGGGAAAUGGUGACGUAGUGUGGCUGUACACAUGUCAGAUCCAGGGUUGGGACAGGGACCAGGUAGACUUUGUUUGUUGGGGCUUUAGAUUCCCAGAGAGUUAGCUCUAAGCAACCACAUCAUUGUAGAUUGACCUUAAUCUGUUUAUUGAAAUCCCACUGCUAAAUUAUAGACUCCCCCCUGUUCUUCUGCUCCCUUUGUCCCUCCCUCAUGCAGACACACACACACACACACACACAGUCAUGACUUAGUCUCUCUGCACUGGUCCAAUCGCUGCUCAGUGUUGUCUGUGAGUACAGUGCUCUCCUUUUAAAUCCCCCUCUCUGUGGUGAAUCAGGACUCACAGCGCAGCCCUCCGGUGAUACAGGAAGUGGUAGAGAAGUCUACUGGAACCUACAGUAGGUACUCCUGCACUCUUCUUUUUCCCACUCUCUCCCCCUCCUCAAAUAUUAUAUGUUGUCCCCAUCACCCGUUUCCCUGGGUCGACUCUCGACUUAUGUGUGUCUUUCGUUGUCCUUGCAUCCUCUAACAUAACUCAACUUUGUACUUUGCUUCUUUGACCUACAGUGUGGCAUAUGUGGUUCACAGUGCAGUUAGUUUCACUUGAAGCGGCUCUGCCUAGUGAUUGUCAUGCACAUUGAAGAAAGAACACAUGGGCAGAGCAUGUUUGGGACAUGCUAAACAAAGUACGAUUGGUGCAAGUGAAUUGUGAAAUGCAUUGGCAAGUUAGUGCAUGGCAAAAUGACCUAGGCUUUUAGCCUUCUAAGCUGGUAGACUGACUCUCAUGACGGACUUUACAUGAUGGUAUUAACAUUUAAGCUGACAUAACCAUCACUUCCAUUUUUGCUGGGUUGACAACAUUCCCAUUUAUGUCAGUCAUUUGUCUCCUGUGAGAGUGAAGACGUUGUAAAUAAAUCAUUAGACCAGGGAUUGCGUGUUGACCUUUAAAUGUUGUUCUCAGAAUUAUUCUGGCACAUCUCUAUGUCUUAAGAUGUUUGGAAUUAGAAGCAUGACUUUGCAUACAGAAUGUAAACAAACAAGACCAAUAGGUCACAAAUGCUAGUUGUCUUACUCAUUGAUGUUGCGAUACAAUACGGGGUAAUGAGGAUAGCUAGUUCAACUACAACCACAUAUAGAUAUCUAGUUAUUUCGGGCUCAGUCUUUACUAAGAAAACAAAAAGGGGAACUACAAGCACUCCAAUCUCUUCAACGGCCUUCCUUUAUUCUCUGAAAAAUCUUGGAACUUUAAUUAAAUAUACAUAUUAAGAGGUUUAUGGAGAUUUUUUGGAUUUUUUACAACCAAUUCUAAAUUUGAUGUCAAUGGCAUGUUUUUGAGAAACUUACCCUCAACCAGCGAUACAUUUUAAAAACUAAAAAAAACAUGAACAAAGGCUCCAAAAACACCCAAAUACUUCCUUUUUAGAAACGGAAAAGCUCUUAGUAUAGUGAUGCAAGUCUUUACAUGUUGUUCACAUGAAACUGUGUCAAUCUGAACAUUAUCCGCAACGUUAUAUUCCAUUUUGUUGCGACUCGAGCGAUACCUCUCCGUCCAGUCUACAGGUAACUGCCAAAAUAAAGGAAACACUUGAGUAAAUGAGGGAUUCAAAGUAUAUUGAAAGCAUAUGCAUCCACACGGGAAGUCAAAUCUAUGCCAAGGUGCAUUGAAGCUGUUCUGGUGGCUCAAUGCCCUAUUAAGACACUAUAUGUUGGUGUGUCCUUUAUUUUGGCAGUUACUUGUAGCAGCAGUUUACACAGAGGAUGGAACAGCUGGAUAGGGGAAACGGCUCGCGUAGCACAAAAUUGAAUAUAAUGUUGCAGAUAAAGUUUGGAAUGACACAACUUCAUGUGUACAACAUCUAAAGACCUGCAUCACUAUACUCAGAGCAUUUCCAUUUCUAAAAUGACGUAUUUGGGUGUUUUUGGAGCAUUUGUUAAUGUUUUUCAGAGCCUCCGUACAUGAGGAAAUGAAUCGCUGGUUAGGGUAAAUUCCUCAAAAACAAGUGAAAGCAACAAAAAAAAAGUGUCUGGAUCCCUCAUUUACUCAAUUGUUACCUUUAUUUUGGCAGUUACCUGUAGACUGGAUGGAGAGGUAUCGCUCGAGUCGCAACAAAAAUAUACAUUUGGUUGUAAAAAGCAAACUUCUCCUUUUAAAGGUUGCUUAAAAAUUAUUGAUCCUAGUCUAAAUUGCAUCUUAGUUCUUGUUCUUCCCUGUGAUCCCUAUUGGAAGAAAUAGUAUCUGGAACACAACACUUGAGUGGAGACAGAUGAUGAAUCUCUGUGGUAAGAGAUCACUUAAGUGCUGCUAUGCAUUCGUGAAUAACUAUGACGUUCAUGAUGUUUUAUAGAUAUGUUCCAUCAUCCUUCAUAGAGGCCUCCUCUGUGUGACGAUGUGAGUUGAUCUUUUCUAUUCUCUCUUUGAACAUGAUAUCUAAACCAUCUGGAUAUUGGAUUUUGGAUAUCAUCCAAUCCAUAUCGGAUAUUGCCUUGGAUAUUAUCUUCCAUAAUAAAAUAAUUUUCCACUGUAAGAAAUGUCCUUGUUUAGAACUUUCGCUUUGACACCAUGGCUGUACCUGAGCCUUAGAUUAUGUUUUGUUAUCGUUACUGAUAAUUGGUGAGGUGAGGGAGAUAUCAGACCUACUGAUCAUUAAAAGAAGAAUUGAACGGUGAACUCUCACCCUGCCUCCACUUCAGUGACAACGUCCGCAGACAACUCUUCCAUCCAAACGCGACAGGGUACAUAACCUCUGGUUGCUUUUAAAGUAAGUUAAGGAGUCAGUAAAAGUGUAAGGUCUUAAGGCCCUUCGUGGUAUGCAUGGUGAUUGGUCAAUCCACAUAUAGCGCAUGAAUGGAUGGAAUGACACCUUCAGAACUCUCCCUGGAACCUAAACUGGUUAUUAUCUCUGCUGAAAGGAGUUGCUAUGAAGAUCCAGUGUCCUAUUCUUAAUGGGUUUCUGAAUGCUGUGGAGUUCCACCAGAGCUUUAUGUGGAACCCAGAUGUUUGUUCACUGUGAUAUACGUUUUGGUGGACAGUUCAUCUUUAGUUUCCUAAGUGGAACACACUUUUGGCACACACUUCAGGACAGUUAAACACCUGAUACCACCAACUGUAAUCAUUUGUCUGGUGAAUAGUAUUUGGAUAAACAAAAAGAACAAUAACUCAAAGCUGGAGGCAGCUGGUCAUUUGAUGUGUGUGUGAUCAUCAUGCAAAACAACACAGCCGCCUGUAUGUUAUUUACUUCAACAUGUAUUGUCCCUGUCAGGACACCAUACCUGGUGGCCUUGGGGUGCCCUUACCUGCUUGUUUUCCCCAGGGUUUAAUAGCACACUGAAAUAGAACUGGGAUGACAUAAUCAAAGACAUGGUUGUUAUUUAGCUGGGAUCUCCUCUCGUGUUGUGUCAGGAAACAGAAGCCUGUCAGUUAGGCUCCCCAGCCUGCCAGUGAAUGCUUGACUCUUUUCCCAUUGCCUUGUUAGAGAGUAUUAAUUGCAAUGCCUAACAGUGAUCGCUAUUGAUGAACCUCAAGUCUUAAUUUGCUGCUUCCUUCUGUCUGUUUCAAUGGGUUUCUCAUUGGCCUCUAGGGACAGACAGAGCUCAUUGUGAGCCAAUCAAAGUAAUUUGUGACUGGGCCUGUGUCUCUGAGGUCACAGUAGCUCAGGGCCUUAGACACAUCCUUACCAUUGAGAGACAUUAGGCAGGUUUCCAUUAACCCAGGUCUAUUCGACAAAAGCAAAAGCAAUCAUUGGAAACGACAGAUAUAGGACACAUUUUCUAAAGAUCUACAACGUUUUUAUCAAUUCGAAAGGGGUGGAUUUCUUGUCUAACUUUCUUUAUUGCGACAAAUUAUGAUGGUAACUGUUUUAAAAUAAAUAACGAUUGCUGAAUACCUUUGAAGGUACGCUGGGCACGUGAUGUCAUCACGUAAUUAUAAGCUCCACUCUACAUUUCAUUCUAAAUGCCUACAGCUUUCAAAAUACAAAUGUUUAACUAUAAAAAAUAUAUAUUUGCAAGAUGAGGAUUGACCUGACUUUCAAGGAUCCCUGAAUUGCUUCGUCUUGCUUUUCUGGUUGGCUGGCUAGUUUCACCAUCCAAUGAUUUCAGAUCUACAGGAGUGAAAGUUUCAUCAUGGCACGGACUAGCCUAGGCAGCCGUUGGCACAAGAUAAUUAUUAGAAUAUGGCAAAUAUUAGUCAAUUUUUGCAUUCUAUCCAUGCGGGCUACCUGAGACAUGAAACAAAUAUGUGGGAGGGCAUACAGGCAAACAAAAAUAUGAAUGCAACAUGCAACAAUUUCAAAGAUUUUACUGAGUUACAGUUCAUAUAAGGAAAUCAAAAAAUAAUAAAAUUAGGCUCUGAUCUAUGUAUUUCACAUGACUGGGAAUACAGAUAUGCAUCUGUUGGUCACAGAUACCUUUAAAAGAAAGUAGGGGUGUGGAUCAGAAAACCAGUCAGUAUUUGGUGUGACCAGCAUUUGCCUCAUGCAGCACGACACAUCUUCAUAUAGAGUUGAUCAGGCUGUUGAGUGUGGCCUGUGGAAUGUUGUCCCACUCUGCUUCAAUGGCUGUGUGAAGGUGCUAGAUAAUGGCGGGAAAUGGAACACGCUGUCGUACACGAAGAUCCAGAGGAUUUCAAACAUGAUCAAUCAAUGGGUGACAUGUCUGGUGAGUAUGCAGGCCAUGGAAGAACAUGGAAAUGUUCAGCUUCCAGGAAUUGUGCACAGAUCCUUGCGACAUGGGACCGUACAUUAUCAUGCUGAGACAUGAGGUGAUGGCGGAGGAUGAAUGUCACGACAGUGGGCCUCAGCAUCUCGUCACGGUAUCUCUGUGUAUUCAAAUUGCCAUCGAUAAAAUGUAAUUGUGUUCGUUGUCCGUAGCUUAUACCUGCCCAUACCAUUACCUCAACGCCACCACCUCCCGGUACAGUUGAAACCGGGAUUAAUCGGUGAAGAGCACACUUCAAUAGCAUGCCAGUGGCCAUUGAAGGUGAGCAUUUGCCCACUGAAGUCGGUUACGACACCAAACUGCAGUCAGGUCAAGACCCUGGUGAGGACGACGAGCAUGCAAAUGAGCUUCCCUGACAACACUACACAACUUUUCAACCAAGUUUUCCCUGAUCGCUCUUCCUGAUAGGAGGUGUAGUGGAGGUGGUUCCUCCUGGUUCCUCUCUCUUAUCAGUGGCAGAUGGGAGGAACAGAAUGAUGAACGUGUCCCCUCCUGAUGGAUCGAGCCUGUCCCCGUGGAGACUGGGGGCGCGGGGACAAGGAACAGCUAAAUGAUUGGUCCAUCACUGGGUGCAGUUGUCCCGUCUGGCUGGUCCAGCCAUAUGUUAGAGCAGGGUGGGCCAACUCAGACUUAGCUGAUAAAUGGAUGUGCGUUUUAAGCCAGGCAAGGAGAAGAGGUGUGAAGAAGACCCAAAACACCAAUAAGUACGUGGAGUGAAAACAAACCUGGCCGUGUCCUCCGAACGUUCCUCCAAAUAACAACAGAAACACUCUUGUCUGGUGAAUGAUUUAGCUAGUUCAAAGCACAUUUGCAAGAAACAGAAAAACAAAGCCACUGCAAAAAUAUUUUCUUAUCAUAUUGUAUAUGGUCAUGAAAUCCCAUAGAUGUUUUAUUGCACCUUUAAAUUGUUCAGGGAACAUAAUUGGUUAAAGAACAUUGUGAUAAAUAAAAAACUAUACCAGUUUCAUUUAAGGACCAAAGGAUUGACAGCCUUCCCAUAUAGAUUGCAAAAUAGUUGGGAAGAUAUUUUUGACGUACUGAUUCCAUGGCAUAGUGUUUAUGAACUGAUACGCAAAACGACGCCAGAUUCAAAACUUUAAUAACAAUUUAAAUUAUUAUACAAAAUUCUAUUUAUAUUGGGAAUGCAAUCUUCCCAGCUCUGCAGUUUUGCUGCGAAGAGACAGAAUCAUUAGAUCAUUUGUUUUGGUACUGUCCAUUUGUACCUUGAUUUUGGUCACAGGUACAGGAAUGGCUAAAGGAUUGCAAUAUUUAUCUGGAGCUAACCCUGCAGAUAGCACUACUGGGUGAUCUGAAAAGUCAUAGUCAAUAAUAUAGUAAUACUUUUAGCAAAAAUGUUUAUUUUCAAAUAACAAUCUGUAGAAACAAUGAGAAUAGAAGGGUUCAGAACUUUAGUGAAACAUCACAGUACAGUUGAAAAAUAUAUGGCAAAUAGAAAUCCAAUAUGGAUGGUGUUAAGAGAUAGAUGGGAGGUGUUAAAUGGAGCUGAAGGAUGGGACUAAUAACAACUAACAACAACUAAUAACAACAAGAUAACUAAUGUAAAGCAUACGGUGUCCAUAAUAAGUAUAUAGGUUAUAGGUUGAGAGCUUUUGUGAAAGAGCACAGUUAGAAAGAUAAGGCAAAUAGAAGCAAACUGGAUGGACAUGAUGAAAAUGAUCGGAGAGGUUGAGGGUAGAGGAAGUUCAGGAGUAAAAACAAACAAAAUAUAAUUAUUGUAAAAUUGACUGUGUCCAUAAAAUUCUAUAAGUAUGUAUAAUCUGGAAGUAGAGGCCUAAGCGUUGUUGUUCACUAGUUUACUCCAAUUAGUGAAGGGGUGGUGGGUUUGAAAAGUAAUAAAGGGAAAAACAUUUUUUUAAAGGAUAUGUAUAUAUAAGUUAUGUAUGUAUAUGUAUUUAUAUGUAUGUAUGUGUAUGUAUGUAUAUGUAUGUAUGUAUGUAUGUAUAUGUAUGUAUGUAUGUAUGUAUAUGUAUGUAUGUAUGUAUGUAUGUAUGUAUGUAUGUAUGUAUAUAUACAGUGGGGGAAAAAAGUAUUUAGUCAGCCACCAAUUGUGCAAGUUCUCCCACUUAAAAAGAUGAGAGAGGCCUGUAAUUUUCAUCAUAGUCACUAUGACAGACAAAAUGAGGAAAAAAUAUCCAGAAAAUCACAUUUAUUGAUUUUUAAUGAAUUUAUUUGCAAAUUAUGGUGGAAAAUAAGUAUUUGGUCAAUAACAAAAGUUUCUCAAUACUUUGUUAUAUACCCUUUGUUGGCAAUGACACAGGUUCAAACGUUUUCUGUAAGUCUUCACAAGGUUUUCACACACUGUUGCUGGUAUUUUGGCCCAUUCCUCCAUGCAGAUCUCCUCUAGAGCAGUGAUGUUUUGGGGCUGUCGCUGGGCAACACGGACUUUCAACUCCCUCCAAAGAUUUUCUAUGGGGUUGAGAUCUGGAGACUGGCUAGGCCACUCCAGGACCUUGAAAUGCUUCUUACGAAGCCACUCCUUCGUUGCCCGGGCGGUGUGUUUGGGAUCAUUGUCAUGCUGAAAGACCCAGCCACGUUUCAUCUUCAAUGCCCUUGCUGAUGGAAGGAGGUUUUCACUCAAAAUCUCACGAUACAUGGCCCCAUUCAUUCUUUCCUUUACACGGAUCAGUCGUCCUGGUCCCUUUGCAGAAAAACAGCCCCAAAGCAUGAUGUUUCCAACCCCAUGCUUCACAGUAGGUAUGGUGUUCUUUGGAUGCAACUCAGCAUUCUUUGUCCUCCAAACACGACGAGUUGAGUUUUUACCAAAAAGUUCUAUUUUGGUUUCAUCUGACCAUAUGACAUUCUCCCAAUCCUCUUCUGGAUCAUCCAAAUGCACUCUAGCAAACUUCAGACGGGCCUGGACAUGUACUGGCUUAAGCAGGGGGACACGUCUGGCACUGCAGGAUUUGAGUCCCUGGCAGCGUAGUGUGUUACUGAUGGUAGGCUUUGUUACUUUGGUCCCAGCUCUCUGCAGGUCAUUCACUAGGUCCCACCGUGUGGUUCUGGGAUUUUUGCUCACCGUUCUUGUGAUCAUUUUGACCCCACGGGGUGAGAUCCAGAAAAUCACAUUGUAGGAUUUUUAAUGAAUUUAUUUGCAAAUUAUGGUGGAAAAUAAGUAUUUGGUCACCUACAAACAAGCAAGAUUUCUGGCUCUCACAGACCUGUAACUUCUUCUUUAAGAGGCUCCUCUGUCCUCCACUCGUUACCUGUAUUAAUGGCACCUGUUUGAACUUGUUAUCAGUAUAAAAGACACCUGUCCACAACCUCAAACAGUCACACUCCAAACUCCACUAUGGCCAAGACCAAAGAGCUGUCAAAGGACACCAGAAACAAAAUUGUAGACCUGCACCAGGCUGGGAAGACUGAAUCUGCAAUAGGUAAGCAGCUUGGUUUGAAGAAAUCAACUGUGGGAGCAAUUAUUAGGAAAAGGAAGACAUAAAAGACCACUGAUAAUCUCCCUCGAUCUGGGGCUCCACGCAAGAUCUCACCCCGUGGGGUCAAAAUGAUCACAAGAACGGUGAGCAAAAACCCCAGAACCACACGGGGGGACCUAGUGAAUGACCUGCAGAGAGCUGGGACCAAAGUAACAAAGCCUACCAUCAGUAACACACUACGCCGCCAGGGACUCAAAUCCUGCAGUGCCAGACGUGUCCACCUGCUUAAGCCAGUACAUGUCCAGGCCCGUCUGAAGUUUGCUAGAGUGCAUUUGGAUGAUCCAGAAGAGGAUUGGGAGAAUGUCAUAUGGUCAGAUGAAACCAAAAUAUAACUUUUUGGUAAAAACUCAACUCGUCGUGUUUGGAGGACAAAGAAUGCUGAGUUGCAUCCAAAGAACACCAUACCUACUGUGAAGCAUGGGGUUGGAAACAUCAUGCUUUGGGGCUGUUUUUCUGCAAAGGGACCAGGACGACUGCUCCGUGUAAAGGAAAGAAUGAAUGGGGCCAUGUAUCGUGAGAUUUUGAGUGAAAACCUCCUUCCAUCAGCAAGGGCAUUGAAGAUGAAACGUGGCUGGGUCUUUCAGCAUGACAAUGAUCCCAAACACACCGCCCGGGCAACGAAGGAGUGGCUUCGUAAGAAGCAUUUCAAGGUCCUGGAGUGGCCUAGCCAGUCUCCAGAUCUCAACCCCAUAGAAAAUCUUUGGAGGGAGUUGAAAGUCCGUGUUGCCCAGCGACAGCCCCAAAACAUCACUGCUCUAGAGGAGAUCUGCAUGGAGGAAUGGGCUAAAAUACCAGCAACAGUGUGUGAAAACCUUGUGAAGACUUACAGAAAACGUUUGACCUGUGUCAUUGCCAACAAAGGAUAUAUAACAAAGUAUUGAGAAACUUUUGUUAUUGACCAAAUACUUAUUUUCCACCAUAAUUUGCAAAUCAAUUAAUAAAAAAUCCUACAAUGUGAUUUUCUCAUUUUGUCUGUCAUAGUUGACGUGUACCUAUGAUGAAAAUUACAGGCCUCUCUCAUCUUUUUAAGUAGGAGAACUUGCACAAUUGGUGGCUGACUAAAUACUUUUUUUCCCCACUGUAGGUCAUGCAGCUGUGAUUGUCAGAAUAGGACACAGGGUAGUAACGCCACAAUGACUAACCAGAUGCUCUGGAUUGUUCUUGUUCCCCCGUCUGCCCUCACAGCACUGAGGGUAUUUCCGUUCACCAUUUUAUCAACCUUAUGAUACCUGUUACCCUCCAGAUGCUAUUUUUGGACACAGGGUUACAGAGCUACUGCACAGAGCUACUGUACAUAAAGUCAAUCUCUAAUAUGCAAUUAUGCUGGCCUUGAUCCAAGUCAUCUUCUCAUCUCUCUCUUUCUUUUGUCCCUCAGCAUUUUCCGGCUGUGAGUGGGGCCUUCAUGGAUUCCCCGUACAAUGGCAACACGUCCCUCCAGACCUCCACCUCCAACCUCAACGCCAACUUCUCCCGGCCGACUGAAGCGGAAGAGGAGGGCAAGUACUCCAGUGAUGCCAUCUGGCUUUGGGUAGCCGUCAUUGCAACCAUCGGCAACAUAGUAGUGGUAGCAGUGGUUUGCGCCUGUGCCUUCUAAGACCCGUUGGUGACAAGCACACAGCCGAACCUCCCUCUUGCCCCCUCUUUCCUCCACUUUAACCUAUCCCUGUAUUCAUUUUCCUCUUGUAUGUGUCCAUCCAUAAUAUUAAAGCAAAGGCCCUGUUCUGAGGGUCGACAGAAUAUGAUAGUGAAAAUAUAGGGACUGACAAAAUUGAUGUUCUCUAGGACUAUGAAUGAGUUUCUAAGACUAGGAAUGAGAGAGACAAUCCUCUGGAGUUACCAUACUGUAUCUUACCUAAAGCCUAUGUGUUCUUUUUGAAUGAGAAACAGGGAAGUGAGCUGAUGUGGGCUGUGCAUUUUUAUAAUGAACAUUUGUAAAUUAGUUAUGGAAAUCGAUUAUGUAAAGCAGUGAGCCUCCCUUCUGCUUUCCAAUCGGAGGGAUCACCAGAAGUCAGCCUAAAGGAUUAGGGAAGUGUACAGCUGUGAGAUCCCCUCUGCCUAUGAACCUGAACAGAACACCACACCAUAUAUCUUCGUCUGGUUGUUGUCAUGUGCCUGUUUGUCUGAAAUGGGUGUGUUGAUGCUGCUGUCUUGGUCCAGGUCUCUCUUGAAAAAUAGAUUUUUAUCUCAACAAGACUAACCUGGUUAAAUAAGGGUGAUAUAAAUAAACACCCAAUCAGCGGCUCUAAUUGUGGUUGGCCACCAUCUCGGAGACCAGUGGAGAGAUAUGUGACAGAUGGUGGCUGGUAGGGGGGCAGAGUGGACAGCGGAGGGGCCCAGGGCAGACUUGGCAGUGUCCCCAGUACCCAGUGUUCACUCCUGCUGCACCCCUUCACUACCAUUCACCAUUACUGCGCUGUCCUAUCCACAUCAGCCUCUAAGUGCUAGAAAUCUCCCGAAGCACUUUAUAAAACCCAAUAAACUGGGGCGUUUUCUUCCAUUUUAACUGCAGUGUUCAGUGCCCACCUGUUGCAUCUCUGCAGUGUCUGUAGACCUGUGCCAGUUGAACUAUGCAGUGAUGACAUCUCCUGGGCGAAUCAACGUUGUUUCCACAUCAUUUCAAUGAAAAUGACGUUGAACCAACAUGGAAUAGAUGUUGAAUUGACGUCUGUGCCCAGUAGGAUAACUGUGGAUAAUGUUUAUAAGUGAUACAGAUGUAUACAAACACAGUAUCACCCACAAGCCAAAUGAGGGAAUUAAGUUGUCAGCACAAAUCAGAUGUUAUACCACCCCUGCUGACAUUAUCUGAAAUCACGGAACCACCAAUUACAUCGCACUAAAUCAUUGAGCCGCCCACCAUAACCUGACUAUCCCAAAUUACCAGACCGCCACUACAACAGCCCCAAGUUGUUGAGCUAGCAAUCAAACGAUUUCACUCGUCAUAAGAAACCCCAUUGCUGUUAACGUUCGUUUUUUUGUUGUUGUGCUAGGCAGGCAGAAUCUCACAUUCACCUCAGAUUGUCUCUCAGUACACUAGUGUGUUUGGGUGGCAGCAGCCACAGUAGUUAUGUGCUGUCUCCCAUGCACCCAGUGGAGUGGGGCCACAGACUUGUCAAACGGCAGGGCUGUAAUGAGAUGUAAUGCCUCUCUCUCUCUUUCCUAAAGCGAACACUGAUCUCCUCGUUGCGCUGCGGUGAUCAGAGCAGAUCUGAUCCCUGCUGCACUCGGCUGCUCUGAACAAAGAUAGUGCUUCAAGUGAAUUUUUAAAGUGACUUCCUCAUUUAAUCAACACUCAUUGUGAGAGAAAGGAGGAGGAGGAGGAGGAGGAGGAGGAGGAGGAGAGGAGUAGACUAGAGGAGUGACUGCAUGGGAAUUGAUUUAUAACAGCCAACUUCCAUGUCAUCUCUUUGAAUUACUGAACUUUUUUUGAAGAUGAAUGGAACAUUUCAUUUUUUUAUUGAAACCAACGAAGUGGAAUAAAAGGUUUUAAGAUGGAGAGAAUUAGGAUCAAAUGUCUGGCAGAGGCAUCACUUCACACAGCUAAUUGCCCUGAUCUCACUGUACAGUAGAGUUAAUGAAAACAAGAGACAGAUUCAUCAUGGCAUCUCUGAGCGGUCCUUUUUAGGGUCCUUAGAGAGCUUAGCCAGAAGAAACCUGUGGGAACAUUAAUGGGUUGUCUCUUACAAUAAACAACAACAACAACAAAACACUUGUUUUUUAUCGCACAGCAUGGGGUCAUAAGUAUCUGCUGGCAAUAACUCAAGAUGAUGCAUACAAGUUAAUUUUAUACAUCCCCACGAUAUGUAGUUAGUUUAAUACAGUAACUAUUCUGAAGCAACAUUCAUAUGAACUAGGUGAGGAACCCCAGUUAGCUAUAAUAGUAUUUUCUUCUACCCUUGUGUCGACUGUGUGCUUUGACAUGGGACUGGUUAAGGAUCAGGUGCCCACUGUCUACGGCUCGAAUUAUGUGCCUGAACUGACUUACACAACUCCUACCCAUCAACUGCUUAUUGACCAUGGAUGCCCCUUGACCACCAUGGAUGCUGGACCUCCUACAUAUGACAAAACAUCAUCACAGCCUCAAGCCCAGGUACCGUAUGAACCAGUUUGCAAUGUCACUUAGGCGCGUUUCACCGGACACCGAUUAAUAAGGCUACAUAUUUUUUUCAGAUGGAGAUUCUCUAUUGAGCUUACUGUUUAUCCAGGACUAGGCUUAAUCUGUGUCCGGGAAACUGCCCCUUACUGUUUAAGAUUUGUUUUGAAUUACCGCCUCCAGGUAAAAAGUUAAUUGUUGUGCUAUACAGUAUGCAUCUGCCUGUUAAAGGGAAUUGUUUUUUUUAGUAUUUAAUGUACUGUGUUUCUUUAUUUCUAUAAGUCAACAUUACUUCAUACUAAGUCUACAGUAUAUCUUGAGUUGAAAUGUUCCAUUAAGCAUGUAAUUUCCAUAUUCUGUCACGGCCGUCUACGGAAGGAGUGGACCAAAGCGCAGCGUUUGUAGCGAACAUGACUUUAUUAAAGUUAAAGUGCACGAACGAGAAAACAAUAAACAAUGACGGAUAGUGAAGUCCUCAGUACACAGACUGAAACAUGGAACAAAAACCCACAACCCUAAGGUGAACACUGACAGUAUAAAUAUGGCUCCCAAUCAGAGAUAACGAGCCGACAGCUGACACUCGUUACCUCCGAUUGGGAGUCACAUGACGAGACAAGACACUACAACCAAAACCAAACACAACCAAAUGAACACACCCUAUACCCAACACAACCAAAUGAAUACACCCUGGCUCAAACUACGCAGUCCCGGAGCCCGAGCGUGACAGUACCCCCCCCUAAAGGCGCGGACUCCGACCGCGCCUACACCCCAAACUAGGGGAGGGCUGGGUGGGUGUUGCUCCUCGGAGGCGGCUCCGGCUCCGGGCUUGACCACCACCCCACUUCACUCCCCCCGUAGUGCCCCCGGUCCGAUCUGACCCAGCUUGCUGGAUCAGGACCUCCGACGCGCACCCCUGGCUUGGCGCGUGAGGUAGGAAUGGACCGGAACUGGCAGACGAUACGCACCCUUUGCCUGGUGCGUGGAGCCGGAACAGGCCUCACCAGGCUGAAGACUCGCAUCCCUGGCUUGGUGCGAGUAGCAGGAAUGGGCUGGAUCAGGCUGACGGCUCGCACCCUUGGCUUGGUGCGAGUAGCAGGGACGAGCUGAACCAGGCUGACGACUCGCACCCUUGGCUUGGUGCGAGUAGCAGGAACGGGCUGGACCAGGCCGACGACUCGUACCCCUGGCUUGGUGCGAGUAGCAGGAACGGGCUGGACCAGGCUGACGACUCGCACCCUUGGCUUGGUGCGUGGAGGAGGAACGGGCCUUACCAGGCUGACUUCUCGCACCCCUGGCUUGGUGCGUGGAGGAGGAAUGGGCCUUCCCAGGCUGACGACUCGCACCCUUGGCUUGGUGCGAGUGGCCGGAACAGGCCGGACCGGGCUGGCGACGCGCACCAUAGGUUUGGUGCGAGUGGCAGGAACAGGCCGGGUCGGGCUGGCGACGCGCACCGUAGACUUGGUGCGGGUGGCAGGAACAGGCCGGACCGGGCUGGCGACGCGCACCGUAGGUUUGGUGCGAGUGGCAGGAACAGGCCGGGUCGGGCUGGCGACGCACACCGUACACUUGGUGCGGGUGGCAGGAACAGGCCGGACCGGGCUGGCGACGCGCACCGUAGGUUUGGUGCGAGUGGCAGGAACAGGCCGGGUCGGGCUGGCGACGCGCACCGUAGACUUGGUGCGGGUGGCAGGAACAGGCCGGGCUGGGCUGGCGACGCACACCGUAGGUUUAGUGCGUGGAGCAGGAACAGGCCGGGCUGGGCUGGCGACGCACACCGUAGGUUUAGUGCGUGGAGCAGGAACAGGCCGGGCUGGGCUGGCGACGCACACCGUAGGUUUAGUGCGUGGAGCAGGAACAGGCCGGGCUGGGCUGUCGACGCACACCGUAGGCUUUGUGCGUGGAGCAGGAACAGGCCGGGCUGGGCUGGCGACGCACACCGUGGACUUGGUGCGUGGAGUAGGAACAGGCCGGUCCAUACUGGGAACACACACCACUGGCCUUAACCGGGGAUCAGGAACGGGCCGGACCGGACUGGUAACACACCUCAGUCUCUCACGCCGUGCCUCCACUACUUCCCUCCCUCUACUCGCCAAUGGCUCCCGUAAUCCGGUAGCCUUCUCUCCACGUCUCCCUGUGGCAGCCUCCUGCUGCCCAGCCGCCCAAGCCAUGUGCCCCCCCCCAAAAACUUUUUGGGGUUGCCUCUCGUCCUUCCGACGAUGGCCCUGCUGACGCCGUUGCUCCUCUCUCGCCAGGGCCUUGAUCCUCCCCCAAGGUCCCUUGCCCCCGAGCAUGUCCUCCCAGGACCACGAUUUGCCCACCUGGGCCAUCGCCAGCCUCUCGAUCUCCUUACCCGGCGCUUCCUCCCAUGUCCAGUCUCCUUGCUCCUGGACACGCUGCUUGGUCCUUUUUUGGUGGGUUUUUCUGUCACGGCCGUCUACGGAAGGAGUGGACCAAAGCGCAGCGUUUGUAGCGAACAUGACUUUAUUAAAGUUAAAGUGCACGAACGAGAAAACAAUAAACAAUGACGGAUAGUGAAGUCCUCAGUACACAGACUGAAACAUGGAACAAAAACCCACAACCCUAAGGUGAACACUGACAGUAUAAAUAUGGCUCCCAAUCAGAGAUAACGAGCCGACAGCUGACACUAUAUUCGCUCUAAUGGAUUAAUAGUUCAUCUCUUUACGGUGUUAACUGAGAGCAUGUGUAGACUUGUGAUCAUGUAUCCUCUACUGCAUUAUAUGAUAAAUGUCACAUUCAUAAAGAAAUACUACUAUGAUAAUACUCUUGUAGAUCCUGACAGUUACAGCUGUUAAAUGGGGGAGACGUGACCAUAGGGUGCCCCCUUCACCAGCAGGUGCAUUUCAACACGUUUGACUUCCUCCCUCCAUAGGCCCAGAGGGGGCUGAAGUCUACUUAACCACACCCCAUAGAGCACUGAGCAUCCCAUCCUCCUUCUCCUUUCCCCUCUGUUCUCUCUCCUUCCAUCCCCAUCCCCAUCCCCCCAUCCAUCCAUCCAUGCAGAGCACUAGACUGUGGUGUCUGCAUUGGCACUGGCCUCUGACCUGAGGCAGGGCACCUCAUGCCCACAUGCCUCUUCCUUCCCAGGCAGCAAGAAAUAGUCCGGCCGUUGCUGGGGAAAUGGAUGAGUCACUCCUACAAGAAUUGUAGGAGCAAGGAGCAGCUGGGUAUAUAAGCGAAUACACACACAAUAUAAAUGUACCUUUCUGUAACAUGGUUGUGAUGACAAUGCUAUGAUGUCAUUAUGUGUUAUUAGGGUUUGUAUUUUUUCUUAUCUUUUAACACAUUGUAAAUGUUUUACACCAUUUUUCUCAUCAUGGUUAUAAUUAGCAAAUUAUAAAAUUUUAUAGGGGCCAUUUAAAGUUGAGCUAGUCUUCCUGGGCUAAAUUAGUUAAGCUUCAAUUUUGGGCUGUCUUCAAUCUGUAUCGCUGAAGCGUUACAGAUUGUGCAGUAGAAAUGUAAAGGUAAUUUCCAAUUGAGCUGACAUACGCAGUGUUUACCAAGAAUGCAGUCUCCACUAACGCGGGAACAUUACCUUUAAAUUUCUAUCAUGCUGUAACACUGAAGUUCCGCAAUACGGAUUGAAUAGAGCCCUAAGGCUAAUAUUCUAUCCAAUUAUACUAGUUAUAAUUUAGCUUUAAUUAACAAGCACUGUAUUGCCUAAUGUCAUAGUUAUUCACACACACUCAAACAUGCUUACCGCUGAGGUAUAACCCUAGACUAUGUUGCGUAAAUAUGCUGGCUCACACUAACUUGGGAGCUCUAUAAUUCAUAAGCAUCAUUGCCUUUGUAAAUAUUUAAAGGCUUAUGAAUCCAACAUUUCACAUAUCGUGAUAUACCCAUGUAUAAAUUGACAAAUGACCUAGCGGGAUAACUAAAAUAUAGUCAGACUUCAGUGGGUGUUUCUAUAUGUUGUUGCCAUGGUAACACCCUCCAUAGAUCACCUCACUUUUGUGGUGUUCUCUGGCUCUGGGUCGUCGUCAGACGCUAAGCAUCCCAGCUCUCUUCCUCUGCGGAGUGUUGCAUUUCCCAACGAGGCUACGCUGCAUGUUUGUUUAUUCGGAGAUAUGAGAAUCCUACUUGACUUCAAUGCUGCCCGGACAUCUUAUGCACUCCCUUCCCUCCUGAUUCACAGCGGCUCCCCUAACCCGGUGGCUUGUUUGUGUUUGUCUCUGCAGACUCCCAGGAAAUGUCCAUCCUUCCUCGGCCCCCAGGAAUAUAUAGUCUCAUUAAAGCAGACUUCCUAUAUCCUGAGUCAGCAGUGACAGUAUGGGUGACUAGGGACUAAGGACUGUGACUUUAUAAAAGCACCCACAGGGAACCCAUAAAGACUACAUGGGGGCUAGGAGGGAUAUUAUGGAGGAAGUGGGACUCGAGAGGUGACGGUAACAGACAUCAUAUUUAUGACUUCAACAAAUAAUACCAUAUCUUAUCCAAGGUUACUUGUAGUUGACUUUAUUUGGAAUGUGCUGUGACUCAUGACACACAAAGGACAUAGAAAGUGAAACCACACUAUGAAAAGAGCAACAUCCUUCUGGAGUUCUGUACGUCUUGUUUUGAAAUGGAUUUCUGACAGCGAUUCACACAUUCAUUGCAAUGAAUGAAUGGAUAUUUAUCGACUUCGUUGACUCUGAACAAUUGGAUUCUACUUUUCUGUGCAUCCAGUUGCAGUGUUGUAUGUUCUGAUACCUCCCUGUAGGUGUCAGGGUUACCGCUAUGAAAUACUGAUUAACAGAAAGUCUAUUGGCUACAGUCACUGUAUUAGUUCAAUUCAUUCACAAAAGCAUUCUUUAACAAUUACUUCAUACAGAAUACUGCACAGAGUCACAUCACUGCAACUGUUUUAAAUGAAAUUUCUAGGGGUGGGGAAAUACUUAUUGUCUUGACUUUCCAUAAAUGUAUGACCUACUUAGAAAACAUAUCUUGUUUAAAAAAGGAAAUGUAACAUUUUCAUGAUUGCAGUGUACAGUAUAAACACUAUGAGGGUUAUUGACACAAUUUAUAUUUUGAACCUGAUAUUUGAGGUUCAUUAUUAUUUUGUUCCCGUGCUAAAUUAACCAAAACACACACACACACACACACACACACACACACACACACACACACACACACACACACACAAACAAACAAACAAACAAACAAACACAGACACACAUUGUGGAACGUGGCUUGCAUUACAGGAGCCAGGAUUCAAUACUUGAAUCUUAUAAGGAUAAUGACUGUGUACACAUCAGUAAAUUAGACCAGCUCUGUUGUUCAUAAUGCUCCUCAUUACCAGUAGUCCCAACAUUCAAGCCAUGUGUGCAUGCUCAUUGCAAAGACAUCUUAAUAUGGAAAACACUUCAAUGCAGCUGGUGAGAGACCACAUGACAUUUCAACCAUGAUCAUUUUCUUGUGUUCUCAAUUUCUAUUGUGAUAUUUUGAUUUAGUAUAAACUUACCUAGCUUGUUUGCAUGUAUUGUACCACUUCCAUCCCAACAUUCUGUUACUCGACAACUCUGCAAGCUGCGUUACAGUAAGGGAUAAAUAACGUAAUAUUCAUGGUCUUAUUUUAUGGAAUAUUGAUUGGAUGAUUAAUUACUUUGUUCAUGAACAAAGAUGUAGAACUAAUGUUUACUCGUAUGAGGAAUGUUUUUUGUAAACUUUUUAUCGAUCGUGUACAUUUUUCAAAUGUUUUAGUAAUUCAGUCAGUGCAGAAACAUUGCUGUUAAAGUCGAUGUCUUUUUUAUUUUACACACUCUUGCAAGCGAACAGAAAAACUUAGCAGUAAACAUGUUUUUACCUGCAUAAUAAAACAAUCUAUAUUGUCUGUUAACCUCAUGAUUUACCAUCCUGUAUAAUUAAAUUAAAUUGAUAAGAAUGUGAAAAUGAUGGGCUGUCCUGUCAGGUUAUUAUUUUGUAUUUAUUUAUUUUAUUUCACCUUUAUUUCACCAGGUAAGCCAGUUGAGAACAAGUUCUCAUUUACAACUGCGACCUGGCCAAGAUAAAGCAAAGCAGUGCGAUAAAAACAACAACACAGAGUUACAUAUGGGGUAAAACAAAACAUAAAGUCAAAAAUACAACAGAAAAUAGAAAAUAUAUAUACAGUGUGUGCAGUUCGUUCCAGUCAUUGGCAGCAGAGAACUGGAAGGAAUGGCAGCCAAAGGAGGUGUUGGCUUUGGGGAUGACCAGUGAGAUAUACCUGCUGGAGCGCAUACUAUGGGUGGGUGUUGCUAUGGUGACCAAUGAGCUAAGAUAAGGCGGGGAUUUGCCUAGCAGUGAUUUAUAGAUGGCCUGGAGCCAGUGGGUUUGGUGACGAAUAUGUAGUGAGGACCAGCCAACAAGAGCGUACAGGUCACAGUGGUGGGUAGUAUAUGGGGCUUUGGUGACAAAACGGAUGGCUCUGUGAUAGACUACAUCCAAUUUGCUGAGUAGAGUGUUGGAGGCUAUUUUGUAAAUGACAUCGCCGAAGUCAAGGAUCGGUAGGAUAGUCAGUUUUACGAGGGCAUGUUUGGCAGCAUGAGUGAAGGAGGCUUUGUUGCGAAAUAGGAGGCCGAUUCUGGAUUUAACUUUGGAUUGGAGAUGAUUAAUGUGAGUCUGGAAGGAGAGUUUACAGUCUAACCAGACACCUAGGUAUUUGUAGUUGUCCACAUACUCUAGGUCAGACCCGUCCAGAGUAGUGAUUCUAGUCGGGUGGGCGGGUGCCAGCAGCGUUCGAUUGAAGAGCAUGCAUUUAGUUUUACUUGUGUUUAAGAGCAGUUGGAGGCUAUGGAAGGAGUGUUGUAUGGCAUUGAAGCUCGUUUGGAGGUUUGUUAACACAGUGUCCAAUGAAGGGCCAGAUGUAUACAAAAUGGUGUCGUCUGUGUAGAGGUGGAUCUGAGAAUCACCAGCAACAAGAGCGACAUCAUUGAUAUACACAGAGAAAAGAGUCGGCCCAAGAAUUGAACCCUGUGGAACCCCCAUAGAGACUGCCAGAGGUCCAGACAACAGGCCCUCCGAUUUGACACAUUGAACUUUAUCUGAGAAGUAGUUGGUGAACCAGGUGAGGCAAUCAUUUGAGAAACCAAGGCUAUUUAGUCUGCCAAUAAGAAUGCGGUGGUUGACAGAUUCGAAAGCCUUGGCCAGGUCGAUGAAGACGGCUGCGCAGUACUGUCUAUUAUCAAUCGUGGUUAUAAUAUCGUUUAGGACCUUGAGCGUGGCUGAGGUGCAUCCAUGACCAGCUCGGAAACCGGAUUGCAUAGCGGAGAAGGUACGGUGUGAUUCGAAAUGGUUGGUGAUCUGUUUGUUAACUUGGCUUUCGAAAACUUUCGAAAGGCAGGGCAGGAUGGAUAUAGGUCUGUAACAGUUUGGAUCUAGAGUGUCACCCCCUUUGAAGAGGGGGAUGACCGCGGCAGCUUUCCAAUCUCUGGGGAUCUCAGACGUUACGAAAGGCUAGUAAUAGGGGUUGUGACAAUUUCGGUGGCUAAUUUUAGAAAGAAAGGGUCCAGAUUGUCUAGCCCAGAUGAUUUGUAGGGGUCCAGAUUUUGCAGCUCUUUCAGAACAUCAGAUGUCUGAAUUUGUGUGAAGGAGAAGCGGGGGGUGGAGCAUGGGCAAUUUGCAGCGGAGGGUGCAGAGCUGGUCGCCGGGGUAGUGGUAGCCAGGUGGAAAGCAUGGCCAGCAGUAGAAAAAUGCUUGUUGACAUUCUCGAUUAUUGUAGAUUUAUCGGUGGUGACAGUGUUUCCUAGCCUCAGUGCAGUGGGCAGCUGGGAGGAGGUGCUCUUAUUCUCCAUGGACUUUACAGUGUUCCACAUUUUUUUGGAGUUAGUGCUACAGGUUGCAAAUUUCUGUUUGAAAAAGCUAGCCUUUGCUUUCCUAACUGCUUGUGUAUAUUGGUUCCUAACUUCCCUGAAAAGUUGCAUAUCGCGGGGGCUAUUUGAUGCUAAUGCCAUUCUUCAAUUGAAUGUGAAUGAAUGAUAUUAUACUAUCACAAAUCUGUCAAUGUCAUGCUCAUAUUGGGUUGAAUCCGCAGUGGACUAAUUUCAUCCUUUGAACAAAUGUUUUUCCCCCAACUCAUAGUGAUGGGUUACUCAUCGGAAUUUAAAUAGAGGACUUUCUCUUGUUCUUUCAGAAUUAG